CCCUUAAACUAGCUCCUGGGACAACGUGCGAUUGGCUUCACUUGUCAUCCGAGAUUCAGGGUUAGCUGGUGUGUGUGUGUGUGUGUGUGUGUGUGUGUGUGUGUGUGUGUGUGUGUGUGUGUGUGUGUGUGUGUGUGUGUGUGUGUGUGUGUGUGUGUGUGUGUAUGUGUGUAUGUAUGUGUGUAUAUAUGUGUGUGUGUGUGUGUAUGUAUGUGUGUGUGUAUGUGCGUGUGUGCGUUUACUCUGAGAUCACCGGCUGUUAAAGAGCGAUUGAUCCAGAUCGCUUUUAAAGACCCUUGCAUUUUUGGAAGCUGUUUACUUUGAAAUCGAAGGUGCUUUGGAUAUAAUUCCAGCCUUUUGGAAUUUGAAACCCUGCUACCAUGGAUCAUACAAUAUUUAGCUGCCUGCGCAGCUCACAUACCCCAGCCCAGAGUCUGCACCACUUCUCUCAAUCUCCACUAGCUCUUAACGGAAGAUCAGACCAUGUGGCUUUUCCAGACCUGUCUUCUUCUUGUAUCAUAGCUGGAUUUCCUAAUGAAGAAAACAUGUUUACAGCUCAGCGUCAUCAUCAUCACCUACAUCAUCACCACCGAGGUCACCAACAGCAGCAACAGCAAUCAGCUGCCCAAGCUACCUGGCACAUCCCCCAGAUCUCCUCGCCCCCUCCCCUGGCCAGGCACGCUCUCUGUGUCCAACCGGAGUCGGGCCCCCCCGAUCUAGGGUCGAAUCCUCCAAACUUGGUGGACUGCAACCCCAGCUUGACUGCCAACAACCCCAACGUGGCAUCCAGUGUUCCUGGGGAUUACGUGAGGCCGCCGGACACCCCCGUGGAAUCGGAGAAAAGGAACCCGAAGAGGAAAAGCGAUGGCUCAGAGACGCAAGACAGCAGUUACAAGGGAGAGGUGAACAGCAAACCAAGGAAAGAAAGAACAGCCUUUACCAAAGAACAGAUUAGAGAAUUGGAAGCUGAGUUUGCUCAUCACAAUUAUCUGACUAGACUGCGAAGAUAUGAGAUAGCAGUAAAUUUGGACCUCACUGAGAGACAGGUGAAGGUGUGGUUCCAGAAUCGGAGGAUGAAAUGGAAACGUGUUAAAGGAGGCCAACAAGGAGCUGUUGCAAGGGAAAAAGAACUAGUUAAUGUGAAGAAAGGGACAUUACUGCCCUCCGAGCUCUCUGGGAUUGCCACAUCAGGUGGUCAUCAUGCUGGAGACAUUCUAUCAAAUGACGAAAGCCAGGACAGUGAUCACAGCACUGAGCUUGGCCAUUUGUGAUGCAAGGAGAAAGAGAGCAAAUCUCAGUAGAUACUCAGGAAAGUAAUGGCACAAGGAGGAAGCAAAUCAUAUUGUCUUACAGCUUCCAUGUGUGAAUUCCUCUUGUGGACAUGGUGCAAACAUCAAAGCCUCUGAGCAUUCCAUAUUUGCAUUUAACAGUUGCACGAUUUUUUGAAUCUAUGCUUUGAUUUCCACUGUAAAUAAAAAAAAUGGAAGUGAUGUUUAAAAAGCAAAAUGAAAGUUACAGAGAAACCCAAGGAAGAACAAUGGGAAAGCUUUCUCCAGUGUAAUGAGUGAAGCAAAAUAAUCAACAAGUUUAUAAAGAAUGAGUAUACAAUCUUGGCAUAGAAGAAAUCUACAUCCAUAAUGGGAAAUGUAGCAUUUCAAUGUAAUUGAAAAUUUUAAAUAGAGCUCUGAAAGAGACAGCUACAAAAUGCAAAUGCCUUCACCAGUUCUUUAUUAUAGGUGCAAUACUUAUUCAAUUACAAUAGAAAAGUAUCUAUUAGAGCAGUAGCCACAUACACACUAUUGAUACAUAUAUAUGGAUUGUCCUGAUACUGUACAUACUGAGAAGUUGAUGAAGUUAAAACAAGCAUCUGCUCAACUAAACCUUGAAACACAUCUGCCUUAGUGAUACAGCAAUGAUACCAAAAUCAAGAAAUAAUAUUUUAGCUUGUAGCCCUCUCAGUCAUUUCAGUUACAUCAGUGAUAUCAGUCAACAUUCUGCCUAGUGUUGGAAACUGAAAUUUUAUGUUUAAAUCUUAACAAAUUCUCUCAGAAAAAUACACGGCAUGUACUUAGGUUAUACAAACAUGAAAAAUUUGCUUUGCUUGUCAUUUAUCUUAAAAAUUCAAUAGCAUUUCAAAAACAUUAUCAAUUUUUGUUAAAUAGCUUCUACAGUCGCUAUUUCUAACAGUUAAGAAAAUAUUAUGAAGGAAUAUCUAUUCUAUGCAAUGCCCUAGGAGACUUUCCAAUACAAAAUUGAUAAUACUCAUAUUAGUGUUAGUUCAAUGAUGAACACUUGAUUAACCAUUUUACCUGUGGUUAGCAAGAUAGCCUCUUGGCAUUUUCCAGCGUCUGUGAAGUUUAUAUAGUAUUUCCAAAAUAUGUAAUGUUGACAAUCAGAACCAUUUAUUGCACUCAUGUUUAAUGCAUGCCAGAUUUAGAGGUGUAAAAAUAGCACUGUAGAAUUUUUUUUUGGCUCCAAAAUAAUUAUUUGGCAUUGUUGAUGGGAGUAACUUAUGACGCUACAAAGGCUGUACUUAUUACAUGUUACACAUUUUAUUGAAAUGUAAUAAUUUGUUGAAACCUGUGCGCAUCUGCCCAAUCAAAUUUCAAUCACUGUCUCAUUUAUGGUAUGUAUAGAAUGAAGAGCAAUCAAGGGUGAAAUACAAAUUUAGACAUCAGUUGAAAAAUUGAGGAUGUAAUUCCUGAUUUAUCAGGAAAUGGAAAGAUUUAAACUUGGCGUUAGAAUAAAGUGAAUGACAAAUAGAGAGUGGGUCUUGUAUGUAAUGUUCAAUGACAGGAUGAACUAAGUGGCCAAAUAUUCCUCCUUUGUUCCUGCUUUAUUAUGUAUAAUCAAUAAAAUUAACAGCAGAAUGAUUUAUAAAUGCUAUCUGAUUUCAGAGAUUAGAUCAUUUCCUGUGUUUUGUUUUACUUUGUGUUAUGGAAUUUUGAUAAAUUUACAGUCAGUAUUUUGAGUACGUUCCCAAUGUAAACAUGCAUUUAGGUUUGACAGUGUAUAACUGUAAUGACUUCAAGAUAAUUUCAUACCUUUGUAUCCAAUAUACCACCAUGCUUUAUAAAAUUGAACUAUGUAUCAUUAGUUGCAAAUGAUAUCUAAAGUUUACAGUUUGAUUAAUUACAUUGCAAAGUUUUGAAUAUUUCUGGUAAAUGAUUGUCCUAACUCUGAAAAAGUCUUAUUCAUGGGGAAUACAACCUUACAAUAAAGCUCAGCAAAUGUAUUUGCCUCAAAAUUAAGAAUACUGGUAACAAUAAAAAAAAAUCCCAGGCAACCUUUGCAGCCU